GCGCGCUCUCGUGUCCAACGGGCUGCGGCUUGACGCGCAUCAGAUCGACGGACGCUGCCUUGGAAACGACAUAAAUCCGGUCCACGCAGCUGGGUUGCGAGCAGGGACCCAGAUUUGCUCACUUCAAAGCCUCCUCUUCCUCCACCACCACCCCUUCAUCUCUCCAUCCAUCUCUCCAUCCAUCCAUCCAACCAUCCAGCCGUGCGCUCCGAGCCGCGAACAUGGACGCUCUGAAAUGAGGCGCAGAGCAGCAGCGGAGGAGGAGGAAGACCAGAAACCCGAGAGACAGGAGAGAAGGUGAAUCUGCAGCCAGGUGUAGACCAACAUGCCGUUGGUGAAGAGGAACAUCGAGCCCCGGCAUUUGUGCCGUGGAGCGCUGCCAGACGGGGUGACCAGUGAGCUGGAGUGUGUCACCAACAGCACACUGGCAGCCAUCAUCAAACAGCUGGGCAGUCUGAGUCGCCAUGCUGAGGACAUUUUCGGAGAGCUGUUCAACGAGGCCAACAGCUUCUACCUGAGGAUGAGCAGCCUGCAGGAGAGGGUGGACCAGCUGGCCGUGAAAGUCACCCAGCUCGACUCCACGGUUGAGGAAGUCUCCUUGCAGGACAUUAACAUGAGGAAGGCCUUCAAGAGCAGCACCAUCCAGGACCAGCAGGUGGUGUCGAGGACCUCGGUGCCCAACCCGGUGGUGGAGAUGUACCACCGCUGCGACAAGCCUCCGCCGCUCAACAUCCUCAGCCCCUACAGAGACGACAAAAAGGAUGCUCUGAAAUUCUACACUGACCCGUCGUACUUCUUCAACCUGUGGAAGGAGAAGAUGCUGCAAGCCACCGAGGACAAACGCAAAGAGAAGCGGCGGCAGAAGGGCUGUCCGGCCCACCCCGACAGGCCCCACUCCAGACAGGCCCCACCCAGGAGCCCCCUGUCCAUCUCUGAGCAGCAGAGGCAGGUUGAAGAUCCAGGAAGAGAGGUGAAGAAGGUGCGUAAAGCUCGAAACCGACGCCAGGAGUGGAACGUCCUGGCCUACGAUAAGGAGUUCAGACCAGACGCCAGGCUCACCCCGUCCCCCUACCACGGCAUGUCCUCCGAAGGCUCCCUGUCCCCAGAUAGCAGAUCCAUGGCGUCCGACUCCUACCCAGCCAGCCCCAACCACCCCUCCACCCAGGCCCCCAGCGCCGCCCACCCCACCGACCACCACGCCAGGGACCACCUCAGCGCUGCAGCCCAGACCCAGUCACUGGACCGGGGCCUGCGGCCGGUCAACCAGCCCCCUGCUGGGGCGGCGGCCGGAGGUCGGCAUGUGGCCUCACUGGGCAGGACCCCCUCAGGACACGGGGUCCAGGCUGGAGGAGAUCCCACGGUUAACGGGCCGAGGCAGCCGUCGGUUAAGGACUACCGGGCCGGGCACGGCGGUCAGCCCUCUACCAUCCCAGAGUACUACAUCCCGCCGGCGCCUCCCCCUCCUCCCCCCACCAUCCCCUCUGCCCAGACGGCCUUCGACUCCACCACAGCUCCGCCCUCCGCCGCCGCCUCCGCCGUCCCCCCGACCUCCUCCACCCUCUCCCGCCCCUACUCCCCCUCCCCUCCUCCUCCCCCGGCCAACUACGUGCCCUCCCCCUCCCACCCACCUUCAGGCGCUCCCCCCGCCGCCCCUCCGCCUCCCCCUCCCGGGGCCCCGGCGGGACACCCUGCCCACCCAUCCCCGCCGCACGCCGCCGUCGGACAGGCGGCGGUGGACGCGGCGCCCUCGGCCAGGAAGUCCACCAUGCUGGGGAUGAUCCCGAUGAGCGACGCCCGCUCCGACCUGCUGGCCGCCAUACGUAGAGGUAUCCAGCUGAGGAAGGUCCAGGAGCAGAGGGAACAGGAGGCCAAGCGGGAACCGGUCGGCAACGACGUGGCCACCAUCCUGUCUCGUCGCAUCGCCGUGGAGUACAGCGAGUCCGACGACGACUCGGAGCUGGACGAGAACGAGUGGUCCGACUAAGUGGUGAAAAAGGAAAGAGAACGAGGGAGUGAUGGGGGCUUGGUGGGUGGAGAUCAGCGUGAGGGGGGAGAAAUGAGAGACCGAGGUGUAAAUGAAGGGAUCUGAUCAGUUUUAAAUGUUCAUCAUUGACAUUUUAACACCAGAGUUCAGUAAAAACCAAUCAUCGACCUGUUGCAGCCUGUCUGAGCAACAGGUCCGUUGUUUCAGUUUGCUUGGUUGCCCCUGACGACGCCUAUUCUCGAGCUGAAACCCCGGAGGUUCUCACGUCUAAACCGCUCUGGGGCGUUCGGCGCAAUUAACAUUUCAACACCCUCCCGCCCCAUCUGCUCAUUUCUAACCUCCGCCGCCGAGCCGUGAAAAACAAACGCCCCGACUUCUCUCCAUUCAUAUUUGUGUGGUAAUUAUUAGCAAUACUCCGAAGCUGUAGGUAGGCUGCCCCCCGGUGAGGACGUGGGAGGGCGAUGUGUUUACAGAACACAUGGUAUAGCACAAGAAAAACUAAUUACAGUGCAAUCUUAACUUAUCUGCCAAAUGUUGAGAAAGAAUCUAUGAAAACAAGUCAGGGUAAUCAGGGAAAUAAAUAGCUUAUUAGCGGCUCGCUCUGCUUCGCCCGGUGACGCCUGUUUACGAAAACGAUCUCCUCAUGGGAUGCCAACCUUUCGGGAGUUUGGAUCGCUGGUUAUUUUAGCAGACAGUAAAAUGAAUAUUAUUUCUGUGUAAUGAACUCUAGCUGCUGUGUGGGCGGCAUGUUGGUAAAUUUACUGAUUCCCACCGUGAUUUUCAUGUUUCAGCCUGAUGGGUUUGGUUAAAAAGUGCUCUUCAGAUGUACUUUUAAUUUGUUACGAUCUUGUUUAGUAGAUUUCCAGCACAGACCAUUGAGUUCACAGAGGAAGUGAGCAAAGUUGGCAAAAUCUGCAGUAACUUUGUCACUGAUUUCUAAUAGACUCCUCAAUUUACUCACCAUUUCUAACUCAUUUUGUAAUUGUAUUCUGUCCUUUUUAACACAUUUCGAGUCCGUUUCAACAGGUCUGAAGUCAUUCUGGACCAUUUUCACAAAGUUCUGACCAAUUCUCAAGACAAUUCAGACUUUUAUUUAGUAUUUAACGUUUAAUUUAUUUUGAACAUGUAUUAUGUCUUUUUUUUCACAAUCUGAGCCAUUUGGCACCAUUUUAGCUCAUUUUUGACCAUUUUUAAGUCAGGUCAGACUUUUUUUUAUUCAAUAUCAAACCAUGUUUGAUUCAUUUUGGACAUUUUAGCUCAUUUUAAACUAUUUCUAACUCAUUUUGGACAUUUAUUAAAUAAUUUUCCACACAUUCUGAUUCAGUUUCAACAGGUUUGAAGUCAUUCUGGACCAUUUUUGCACAUUUCUGACCAGUUUUAAAGACAGUUCAGACUUUUACUUAGUAUCAAACAUUAUUUGAUUCAUUUUGAAUGUGUAUUAUGGCAUUUUUUUUAAUGUAUUUUAAGUCAUGUUGAACAAAUUCUGAGUAAUUUUGGACCAUUUUAGCUCAUUUCUGACCAGUUUUAAUUCAGUUCAGACUUCUUUUUAUUAAUUAUCAAACCAUGUUUGAUGCAUUUUGGACCAUUUUGGCUCAUUUUGAACUAUUCCUAGCUCAUUCUGGACGUGUAUUAAAUCACUUUUCCCAAAUUUUGAGUCCGUUUCAACAGGUCUGAAGUCAUUUUGCAACAAGUCUGAGUUUUAAAGGAAUUCAUUUUUGGAUCAUUCUAAUUUUUUCAUGCCAUAUACAAAGUGGUUGUUUAUAGUUUUGCUUUUCAGGACUGAUAGUGAGUAUUAGGAAUCAACUAAACCGCUGUUUAUUAGCAAGUGAUCUGUAUUUGGUGUAAAAAUACACAUCUUGGUAGCUACGAUAAGACAAGUUCCAACACAGAAUUAUUUUUUUCAAAACAUGUGUCCUUUAAAGCCAUUAGAGCCAAAGUUGUGUAUUUUGAUAUGAGUUUAGUUUGUCAGAAAUCUUUUUUUAAAUAACGUUACUGAUCGUCACCUCAUAUUCUCAUACAUAACUAAAGAGGUUCCCUCGCAUAUAAGAAGAAAAAAAUGGCCGUUUCUCAGCUGAAUACAAUUCAGUAUACAUUUAUGUGACUAUUCCUGAUGUAAACAAACCUUCAACAGCGUUAGAAAACAGGAGUUAUUCGGCUCACAGCUCUGUUUAAUGUGUUUAAUUGAAAAUCUAACAAGCAAUUAAGUGAUAAGAGAAAGCUCCAAUCGUGUUUACGAUAUGGUUUGUCUGAAAUAUGAAUGUUUUUACAUCAUUUAAUUACAACAGAAAGUCUAAUUAACAUCAAAAUCACACAAUUUACAUGCUCAGAGUAGUGGUUAUACAUUAUAUUAUCUCUUUUUUUGUUUAAUUUGCUCAUUUAAGAACUUUGUGAAGCUCUUGGAGCUUAAAAUGUCCUGUUAGCUGUGUACGUAAAAUAAUCAGAAAGCCAAACUCCCAACGGUCGGUGUAGUUCUCAGACUUUAUCCUUUGAGGUAGUUUUUAAUGAAACUGUGAUGAAAGACGCCACCCAGCCAGGAAUCAGCUGCUUUGGGAGGAAAAAACGAGCGCCAGCAGCCUUGUCGGAGUUCAGCGAUCAAACUCGGCCUCCAUAUCGCAGCGUCGAACAAAACAAGCCGAAGAGCUUCUGCCAUUGUUCGGUUUCUAUUAUUUCUAGUUUAUUUCGUAGUCGUUCAUAACAUUUCAGCCAGUGACUGUGUGCCGUGGUCUUAUAUAAACGCUUCCACACUUAACCACCGUCGGAGCCGCUCUCACAAAGCUCGGUCGCCCCGCCGCCGCCGUCUGUGGAGGCUUUGUGAACGCAGCCCCUGGACUAUAAAUACAUCCGUGUAAGAGACUUGCAACAGUAAUAUACAGUAUAUUAUCUCUUCUCUCUUUUCAGUAUAGGUUUGGCUAAUCCUCAGUAUGAACUGAUUGGACUGUAGUGUUUUUAUAAUGUGCUUUUUCUUUUUGAAACGUGCUGCGGUGAGUUGUUCACUUUGGUUUAUUUUAAGGUUUUCUAACUGUCAAGGCCAGGACGGAGGUAACUAGUGUCAGAGAAGCCGGCUAAAGGAAGAUUUUAAACUAUUCUUACUCUAUUUACCAGGGGAAAAAAACAAUUAAAAAUCACAAUUGAGCCAAAGCAAAUGUCCCUUGAAAACAACAUUCAUACAUUUAAUUUAAAAAAUUUGGAAGAUUUUGCAACUUUUUUCAUUGAAAGUGGAGUGCUAUGUAUCCUUUUGGUGGCCUGCAGCAAAGAUAUUCCCCCAUAUUUAGAUUUAAUUAGAGCAAAACUUUCACUGAACAGUUUCUGAUACUAUACUUACUUACUUUAUUAUACGUCGCCUAAAUGACAUUUUAACCCCAUUUUCUUCAGUUAAGUAAAUCACUAAAUUUACACCCUGCUUCGGGUUCAUUUAUAGCCAAGAAAGUGCUGUUUUUUGCCCACUUUUAAACAACAUAUCUAUGAAUUUAUAUGCUGGACAUUAUUGUAAUUAAUAAUAAUGACAAACUAAACCAGGAGAAUCCAGAGAGCAGGCGUCUGCUACAUAUCUGACACUGUUUUGACUGCUUAUUUGUUCAGUAAUUGUGUCCGUAUUGGCUUAUUCCAGGUGAUUUUGAAAGGGAUAGGGCCUCAAAAAGUGGUUAUUUUGUUGUUGUAUAUAAACACGAUAGCUGACACAACAACUGCACUCUGUGGAAGAAUACAAAUCACACCGGCUUUAGGGACUGGACGGGUUCUUGCGAUUCUCCCUGAUUGUUUAGAAAAAGGUUUUAAAGAACUGUGCCAAGACCUGCGUUUGUGGACGUUAUUAUUGAAGCAAAAAAAUAAAAAACAAAAAAAGCACAUAUGAACUGCAGAGUGUGGACUUGCCACAGACCUGGAGGUUGAGCUAUGCUAACGGUGACCCGGGUCUGAUUGCUCUGAUCGUUUAUUCUAUGGUUGUGUUGUUGUGCCGGAGCCAUAGAUAUACUCAAAUUUUCCCAGCAUCUGUGGAUCGGAGCGACUCAUGAACCUCCAGCGUCUAAGAAUGUAAAGCUCCCGUCUUCUCUUGACGUUCCGCCAACGCACCGGUCCACUCACGAAUUUCCAUAUUAGCGACGACCAAACAAAGUGUCGUAUCUCUGAUCAGUCGUACCUUGUGUAUCUAUGGCUACUGGCUCGUAAGAAAACUUCAUUAUGUGUUGAAAAUGUGAGAAAUGAAUCAUGUUGUAUAGACUUUUGGUAAGGCAGCCUGUAAAGUAAAAUACAUUUGGGGUAAUAUAACCUAGACAAUGAAACAAAAAUAAAGCUGUGUAUUGCACACUAAAAUCAACUGUAAGCAAGUAUGCAUGUAACUAUAGACAAUAAAUGGUGAACAAAACUCUA